AUGCUGCUGAACGCUCUGCUCUUAGUGUUGAGCUCUCAGGGCGUCUGGCCCAGAAAGUCCGAACCUGCCCUGGAUGAGGCGGACGCAGGGUUCUUCAGGGGGUCGGACAGAUACGACUUUGCCCUGGAGGUUCCUGCUGCGGGGAUGGAGUGUUUCUGGCACUUUGCUCACCAGAGCGGAAACUUCUACCUGACGUACAUGGUUCAGUGGGUAACAGGGAUGGCCAAUGAUCCCCGGCUGUUUGUGACGGUCAACUCGCCACAGGGUGCUCUCGUGGCUUCAACGAACGAGGUUGUCGGUCAAAUGAACUUCCAGACUGAGUUGACAGGUUUUUACCGGUUGUGUCUUGGGAACCACAACAACCAGUUCGGAGGCAUCAGGGUCUUUGUAAACUUUGGCGUGAUCUACGAAGGCUUCGAGGAGUCUGAGAGAGAGAUGGAGGAGGGAGAGAUGGUCCUCAACAGCACUUUGGCCGGUAUUGAGGAGAGUGUGCAGAAGCUCCAGAAUCAGAUCUUCCACAUGUGGCGUCAUUACAACUUUGCCCGCAUGAGGAAAGGGAAGGAUCACUACCUGCUCCUGUCCAACUUCAACUACGUCACGUGGUGGUCGGCGACCCAAAGCCUCGUCAUCCUCGUGUCCGGAUACCUGCAGCUCUGCGUCCUCAAAAGACUCUUCCGCACGGACUCCAGCCGGCCGCGAUGCUGA